AUGGACACUUCCCCCUGCGCAAAGCUGCCAGCAGAGCUCCGGAAUCAAGUCUUCUCACUCGCCCUGUCUUGCGGCCGCAUAACGCUUGCACCAACACCAUCCGAUCGCGACAUCACAUCGUCACCGCUCCCCCGGCGACUGCACCUCUUCAGAGAAGCAGGUCGUGGCCAUGAGCACCCUACAGCUCUCACGCAGACCUGCCGCCAACUUCGGGCAGAAACCACAGGACUCUUCUACAGUGCCAACACAUUCGUCGUUAAGACAUACUGCCACGACUACCCAGGCCUCAUCAGCAUCUUCCGCCACAACAUCGGUCCCAGUAACAGCUCGGCCCUCCAGUCCAUGAUCCUGCAACAAAAGCUGGGUCAAGGUUUAACAAGCACAAUUCCGAAAGACAAGGCCGUUUCUGCUAGGUCACUGACUGCAGGAACUCAUGGUACAAUCUCUGGUAUCGAGAUCCACUAUGACUUUGGCGAUGGUACAGCUGGUAUGCUGCACAGUUUCGAUCGGGGGUUGUCGUCCAAGGUAGCGCAUCUGGUGCAGCACUGUACGCAAAUGCAGCAAUACAAUAAUCAGGAGCAUGCACAAGGUAAAAUUGACGUCGACGAAUGCGUGGCCAGGUUCUGGAGACUGAAUAGGAAGAAGCAGAACUUACGCCUCGCGGAGAGAGUGCUGUCGAGGUAG